CGGCAGCAGUGCAGUGGUGGUGGUGACGUAGCGGGGCAGAGGGAGAUGUGAGCGGGGCUGCAGAAACUCUGCUGUCUGUCUCUCUGUGGCGUUACUGCCACACUCACUCUACACUCCCAGCCGCCUCCACAGCAACAGAUCCGUAAUGGAUGCCCUGACCCAGGCUCUCUCCUCCAGCUUCUCCGUAUCUGGAGAGGCCAACAGCACAUCUGCCCCCCACCCCCGCCUGGCUCAGUACAAGAGCAAAUACAGUGUUUUGGAGCAGAGUGAGCGGCGCAGGAGAUUCCUUGAGCAACAAAAAGAGAAAAGGCUAAACUACGUGAAUCACGCCCGCCGUUUGGCAGAUGGAGACUGGACAGGGGGGGACAGUGACGAAGAGGAGGAGAAGACUCAGAAGAGCCAGCAGGAUGAGGCAGAGGAUGAAGGAAUGGAAAUUGAGCAACGGAAAAAGUUGCCAAGACACUAUGCCAACCAGCUGAUGUUGUCAGAGUGGUUGGUGGAUGUGCCUGCAGAUCUUAGCUCUGACUGGCUGCUGGUGGUCUGUCCUGUAGGGAAGCGCUCUCUCAUUGUUGCAUCCAAGGGUUCCACUGCGUCAUACACUAAAAGUGGAUACUGUGUGAAUCGUUUCCCCUCUUUGCUACCAGGCGGAAACAGACACAACUCAGCCAUGGGGAAAGAUUACACUAUCCUGGACUGUAUUUAUAGUGAAGUGGAUCGAACAUACUACAUACUGGAUGUGAUGUGCUGGAGGGGGCAUCCUGUAUAUGACUGUCCUACAGAGUUCAGGUUCUACUGGUUGCAGUCAAAAGUUGAAGAGGCGGAGGGACUAUCCGAGAUUGGCAAACGGAACCCUUUCCGUUUUGUGAGUCUUAACAGCAUCAGCUGUUCAACAGAGUCCAUCCAAAAGGCCCUGGCACAUGACUAUAGCUUCAACGUGGAUGGUCUCCUUUUCUACCACCGUGAGACUCAUUACACCCCUGGCAGCACCCCUCUGGUGGGCUGGCUCAGACCCUACAUGGUGGCAGACAUCCUAGGCAUUGAGGUGCCGCAGUCCCCUCUCACCACCAAGCCUGAUUAUGCCAGCCACCAAAUGCAGCAGAUCCUGGAGCACAAGAAGACAUCUACUGAGGUUCGGCCUGCGGAGGAGAAUGGUAGAUAUGAGCUAGAGCAUCUCUCCACACCAGAGAACCAGACAACAACUAGCAACCAGCGAGAGGGCAUGGAAAGCUAAUGAGUAGAGACCUGACAGGAACACUACUGUUGGACCGUAGAUUCUCUAAACAGAGUGUUUUCGGAUAAGCCUGAGAAAUGUUGGAUUUCAGCAGACUGGAGUUUGUGGUUUACAGUGUGCUGGGGAUUUUGGAAGUUCUGCUGAGUUAAAGCUAGAUUUGCUCUAUUUGAGCUUUAUUCUCUGCCUGCCUGUGGACUUCAGAAGUAAUAAUGGAAUGAAUUUGGUGUUCAUCAUUGACCAGUUGCAGGUAAAUCUCUGAGAGUGUGCUGCAAUUUCUUGUGGCAUAAGCAUAGAUGGAAACUAAGCUGAUCUGCACUGGACAUUUUCAUGAAGUAGCACUGUAUUGUACUUCUUAAUUGUUAAAAAGAGGUUUGCCUACUCUGAUUUUCCAUGUUCCCCUGGUGUGGUUGCAAGCUAAGUUCUGAAUUUACACUGUGUUUACAUGCUACAUAGUUGCCCAUAUCCAUUUUUAUUCCAUAUAGAUUUGCCUCUGUAGUCUUGGAACUUCAUACAGUUAUCUUCAGAUCUUUACCUGGUAUAACUAAGCAUGAUUUGAAGAAAUUGUGAUGAUUUGCAUUAUGCUAUGGUAUCAGGUUUAUUUUUUUUAAUACAUUAUAAUUCCAAUGCAAAAUUAGAGAAGCAAUGAAAAAAUAUAAAACCUGUAUUGGUUUAUAUUCUGUUCCUGGAGUAUGCAGAAAUCAAGAAAAAUCUAUCUGCUUGCACGUAAAAGCUACUGGUCAGGUGACAUUCUACAUGAAUGCCUUUUGAUUUUUUAUUUUAGAUUUAGAUUUUUAAAUGUAAGCUUCAUGCACCAGACUGAUAAAUUUCAUGAGGGAAGGAAACUUAUUGGUUUGGUAAUUUUUAAGUGUGUUUUGUAGGCCCUAUUAAUAAAUUAAUAAAG